AUGGAUGAUGGGAAUGAAACGAUUUAUAUUGGAAUGAAUAAAUUAUUCAUACCUAUAUUAUUAGUUUUAUUACUCAACAAAUUCUGUUUAUGGACAAACUCCUUGUGGUCCAAUGCUCAACAAAUUUGUAUCCCGUUGCCCACCACUGGUACAACCGCAACUGCGACAUCUGCCACUGCCACCACUACUGUAUCCACUCAAUCAACUGUUGCCUCGAGUACUGUAGCCUCCACUACAAUCUCUACUCAAUCAACUGUUGCUAGUACCGUGGCUUCAACUGUGUCCCAGGCUACUGCUACCACCACGGCCACCACUACUUCUGCCACGGCCACCACUACUGUGUCAACUCAGUCGACUGUUGCAUCUACUGUUUCCCAGGCGACUGCUACCAUGGCCACUGCCUCUACUGUUGUGACUACUACUGCCUCCACCACGGUGACUACAACCUCACCUGCGUCUACCAUCACUCAGACGACUACUGCCACUACAACAGUGUCGAGUACCGCCACAGCCACCGGUCCAGUAACAUCAACAGUAGCCUCAACAACUGUGACCACCACCGCUUCGACCACCUCGCCCGCGUCAACAAUUACUCAGACCACCACUGUAACCACCACUGCUACUACCACCUCAACUCCACCAUCAACUACCGCCACUACCACUGUCUCAACCACAGCCUCAACAACUUCACCAGCCUCCACCAUCACUCAGACCACCACAGUGACCACCACUGCAACCUCCUCACUGUCAACUACCGUCACCACAACAGUGUCCACUCAGUCAACGGUUGCCUCGACCACUUCCACCACUGGAGGACGUCCACCAACCACCACUACCGGACAGCCAACUUCGACAACAGUGUCCACUCAAUCAACUAUUGCAACAACAACUACAACACCAGUAUCAACCACCGGAACACCAUUAUUCUCCAUCGAGGGUAAUUUGUGGCUGGACAAUUCCAACACCGGUAUUCUUAGCACCGCCCCAGGUGAUUCAGUCAAGGAUAUCAAGGUCCAGUUGUUGGACUCCCAGAACAAUCCGAUCAAGACUUUGCCAAGUGUCAAUGAUGGCAAGUAUAAGUUUGAUGGUUUGGCCGCUGGCCAAUACUCAUUCUACAAGUCACCAUCAUACUCAAUCAAGGGAUAUGUUUGGAGAGAUAAUGCCAACACUGGUAUCCUCAGUCUUUUACCCAGUGACGUUGCCUCUAAUAUCAAGCUUGAGUUACAGGAUGCCAAUGGCAAGGUGAUCAAAGCUCUUACUGCCACCGGUAACUACUCAUUUGACGGUCUCAAUGCUGGCAAGUACUGUAUCGUUGCCAGUGACACAGCUGGAAAGCUAUUCCCCAACCCCAAGAAGGGAGCCAACAAGUUUGACCAUGGCAAGCUCUGUGUCACUGUUGGUCCAAAUGCCGUGAGCCAAGAUUGCUCCUUUAAUGCACCCCCUCUCUUCUCUGUCGCCGGUAACCUCUGGUUGGAUAAUGCCAACACUGGUAUCCUCAGCACUGCACCAGUCCAUCCAAAGGCAAGCAGCUCCUACAAGUUUGACAACCUCCCAGCUGGAAGCUACUGUGUGAUUGCACGUGACACCGCUGGCAAGCUCCAAGGCAAUGCCAAGAAGGGUGCCAACUCAUUCAACAACGGAACCUAUUGUUUUAAGGUCGGUCCAAGCAUCACCAACGCACACUGUUCAUUCUACAAAGAGCCAUCAUUCUCCAUCAAGGGUUUCAACUGGCUCGACAACAUCAACACUGGUAUCAUCAGCAUCCCAGACAAGGUCAACAACAUCAAGAUGGUGCUCCAGGAUGGUCAGGGCCAGGUAGUCCAAUCAAUCACUGCCAGUGGCAACUUCUCAUUCGUUGGACUCAAGGCUGGCAAGUACUGUAUCUUGGCCAGUGACCCAUCCGGAAAGUUGGUCCCCAACCCCAACAAGGGCGCCAACAAAUUUGACAGUGGAAAGAUCUGUGUCACACUCGGACCCGAUUCAAUCAACAAUGACUGCUCAUGGGCAACACCACAAACAUUCUCCGUUGCUGGUAACCUCUGGUUGGAUAAUGCCAACACUGGUAUCCUCAGCACUGCACCAGGUGACUCUGUCAAGGACAUCCAAGUGGAUCUCACCGAUGCCAACAAGAAAGUGAUCAAGUCCAUUCCAAAGGCAAGCAGCACCUACAAGUUUGACGGCUUGGCAGCAGGCGACUACUGUGUCGUUGCACGUGAUACCGCUGGAAAGCUCCAAGGCAAUGCCAAGAAGGGUGCCAACUCAUUCAACAAUGGAACCUACUGUUUCAAGGUCGGUCCAAGCAUCACCAACGCACACUGUUCAUUCUACAAUGAGCCAUCGUUUGCCAUCAAGGGUUUCAAUUGGCUCGACAACAUCAACACUGGUAUCAUCAGCAUUCCAGACAAGGUCAACAACAUCAAGAUGGAUUUGCAGGAUGACCAAGGCAAACUACUCCAAUCAAUCACUGCCAGUGGCAACUUCUCAUUCGUUGGACUCAAGGCUGGCAAGUACUGUAUCGUUGCCAGUGACCCAUCUGGCAAGUUGGUGCCCAACCCCAAGAAGGGAGCCAACAAGUUCGACAGUGGAAAGAUCUGUGUCACCCUCGGACCCGAUUCAAUCAACAAUGAUUGCUCUUGGGCUACUCCAGCCAAGCCCUCGAUUAAGGGAUACAUCUGGAAGGAUGAUGGAAACACUGGUAUCUUGAGUCUUGCCCCAGGUGAUAAGGUCAGCGGAAUCAAGGUUGAGCUGCAGGACGAUGCAGGAAAGGUGCUCAAGACACUUGAUAAUGUCAGUGGCAACUACACAUUCGGAGACCUCAACCCAGGCAAGUAUUGUGUCGUUGUCAGCGACCCAUCCGGCAACAAUGCACCCAACCCCAUCAAGGGAGACAACAAGUUUGACAAUGGCAAGAUGUGCACAACUGUUGACACCAAGGACAUCAUAAGCCAAGAUGCAUCAUUCGCCUCAGUAUUCUCAAUCAAUGGAUUCUUCUGGAGAGACAAUUCAAACACUGGCAUCAUCAGUCUUGCUGACAAGGUCGACGGCAUAAAGGUUGUGUUGCAGGAUGAGAGUGGCCAGGUGCUCAAGACUCUGGAUAGUGUGAGCGGCAACUACUCAUUCACUGGACUUCGCCGUGGCAAAUACUGCAUGGUCGCCUCCGAUCCAUCUGGCAAACUUGAUGUCAACCCUGCCAAGGGAGACAACAAGUUUGACAAUGGCAAGCUCUGUGUCACCCUCGGACCCAACGCCAUCAAACAAGACGGCUCCUUCACUGGUGGUCGUGAGAUCAGAGGAUUCCUUUGGCUUGAUAAUACCAAUACUGGCAUCAUCAGUAUCCCAGACAAGGUCAGCGGCAUCAAGGUUGAAUUGCAGGACAGCACUGGACAGGUUAUCAGAACUUUGACUGAUGCCUCUGGCAACUACACCUUCACUGUCGUGCCCAAGGGCCAGUUCUGCAUCGUGAUCAGCGAUCCAUCCGGCAAGUUGGUGCCCAACCCCAUCAAGGGAGCCAACAAGUUUGACAACGGAAAGUUCUGCUCCACCAUGGCCAACGUUGACAUCACCAGUAUCGACGCCUCAUUUGCCACUGCUCACAAGGUCAGUGGAUUUGUUUGGAUUGAUAAUGCCAACACUGGCAUCCUCAGUCUCACAGACCCAGCUCAGAGCAUGAAGGUUGAGUUGCAGAAUGAUGCUGGAAAGGUCCUCCAGACGCUCCCAAGUGUCUCUGGUAACUACUCGUUCUCUGGAGUAGUCGAUGGCAAGUACUGUGUCGUCAUCACCGACCCAUCAGCCAAGAUGGUGCCCAACCCUAAGAAGGACGCCAACAAGUUCGAUGGCGGAAAGUACUGUUUCACCGUCGCCGGCUCAGACAUCACAAGUGCAGACAGCUCUUGGGUUGCAACACCACCAGCUCCAACUGAUGCCCUCAAGGGAUUCCUCUGGAUUGACAAUGCCAACACUGGCAUCCUCAGUCUUACAGACCCAGCUCAGAACGUGAAGGUUGAGUUGCAGGAUGAUGCUGGAAAGGUAAUUCAGACACUCCCAACUGUCUCUGGUAACUACACUUUCAACAAGGUCAAUGCCGGAAAGUACUGUGUUGUGGCAACUGACCCAUCGGGCAACCUGGUCAAUGCCGUCAAGGGUGCCAACAAGUUUGACAAAGGAAAGUACUGCUUUACUGUUGCCGCCGGAGUUGAUACCCUCAACGCUGAUGGAUCAUUCUACAAACCACAAUCGAUUGAAGGCAAACUCUGGCUUGACAACCAGAAUACUGGUAUUCUCAGCGCAACUGAUGUGGUCUCGGGCAUCACAAUUGAGCUCAGGGAUAAUGCUGAUAAGGUGCUUCAGACAUUGACCGGUCAGAACGGACAGUACAAGUUCUCCAACCUCAACAGUGGCAGCUACUGUGUUGUUGUCAGCGACCCUGCCAACAAGGUUAAGCCCAACCCCAAGAAGGGAGACAACCUGUUUGACAGUGGAAAGUACUGCAUUGCAAUUCCACCCAGUGUUACCAAUGCUCAUGCAUCCUUUGCCACAGUCUAA